GGUAAUAUUAUGUCUCAAGGUUUGGGACGUGGCAUUAUUUGCUUCAGAAUUCAAGAUGUGACUAUCAGGAUGGUUCAUGAUCUUCAGUCUGCUUAUCUUCUAUACAACCAUUCCGAUGAGUCAGAUUUUGACAUCCUAGAAAGUGCGCUAACUAGAUCCCGGGAAAAUAUCAUGUUGCUUCUUGAGGCAGAUAUCAAGAAAUCAUGCACCAUCAUCUUCUUCGACUAUUACUCACCGGGAGAUCCACGACUAGUUAUGGAUCUUAUUGUGUCCUUUUUAGAGACUAUGGAGGAUCCUCUGGAGGUUCAUUUCAAUCAUAAACGGGAGAAGCUAAUGGAUACCAUUAGACAGAAGCUAAUGCUCUUAAGGAAUCUCAUUGGCAUUGCGACAAUGCGAGGUGUCGAGUCUAUGCAAUUGACAGAUCUCUUGACUCAUGUUGCAAUUGUGGUUGCACACUUGAUUUCUAUAUGUCGGUUUGACGGACUUGAUGAACAAGUGUUCAAUCAAAUGGAAUCUGAAAUUUCUCGGCUGAUACACGAGAAGAUAAAUCCUCUUGAUGCUCAAGUCCGAGAAACUUACAUACAUGUCAUGACGGCUUCAAAGAAACAAUCAAGAUCAUCAUAUGCUUUAGCCCUUGAGGAGAAUGAGCAUCCAGUGCUAGUCGAAUUUGUUAAUUCUCUCCUAUAUUAUCUUAUGGAUCUUCUAGAAUCUUGUGGAAGUUUUCAGGUUCCAGUGAAGGAUCAGAUGCUAAAACUCCAUCGGGGAGUAAGGUGCCUGAGAUUCCUUCUUAAACAAGAGUUGAAACUAGGCGAUGAAAUAAACGAUCUUACUGGAGUUAUGGUCUGUGAUGCAGGAAUUCUGAUCUUCUCUCUCUCUAUCAAUGAAAUCAAAGAAGGCUUGCCCGAGGAAACAGAUCUUGGGCUGUUUCAUUUUCACAAAGUUCUCAAGUAUAUGAUGGCAGAAGCUGCACACAAUUAUCCACUUACAUCACCAUAUUCAUCAUCUAAUUAUCCUAGAUCCAAUGAGUUGGGCUGUAUGGAUUUUUUCCUAGAAAAUCUCAAGGAACUAGCAAGGUGUGAUGAGGCUGAUGAUUCAAUUGUUUCCCUAUUGGAUCGAAUCCAAAUGGUCGAGAAAGAUCUCAUAUUCUUAAGGUCUUUCCUAGAGAACGUCAAGGAGCAGAGCGAUCAAAAUGGAAAACUUCAAGCUUUAAGGAGUCAAGUUAUGGAGGCUGCAUACAAGGCAGAGUUACUGAUUUACUCAACACUUGUUGGUGAUAAAUGUGAACAUUCUUUGGAUGCUGUUGCUAGAGAUAUCAAUCUUCUGAAGAUUGAGGCCCUAGAGAUCCAUAAUGGUCAAACCCAGAGAGUUAACAACACUUCCAGUCACAUACCAUCACAACAUACUGCGGCCAUACACAAUGAAGAUCUGGUGGGUCUUGAUGAUGCAUUGCAAGCUAUCACACAUCGGCUUACGAGAGGAUCAAGGCAAUUGGAUGUUGUUCCCAUCGUGGGUAUGCCAGGGCUUGGUAAGACCACAUUAGCCAAUAAAGUUUAUAAUUCUCCUUCAGUUAGGUCACAUUUCCAUGUUCGUGGCUGGUGUUGUGUUUCUCAAACAUUUAGUACGCACAGUUUGUUAACUCAGCUUUUGUGCAGUAUUUCUUCUGAGAGUCCUGACAAAUAUCUUAAGAUGGAUGCAAAUGAUUUGGCUAUGAAGCUAAGGCAGGUUUUGCUGAGAACCAGGUAUCUCCUGGUUUUGGAUGACUUGUGGGACGUUGAGACAUGGAAUUUGUUGAAAAUAUCAUUGCCCAAUGAUGGCAAUGGAAGUAGGAUUCUCUUAACCAGCAGGUUGCACAGUUUGUCUUUGCAAAUCAAACCUGAUAACGAGCGCUACCAUCUCCGCCAACUUAAUGACGUAGAGAGUUGGACUUUGCUGCAAAAAAAGCUAUUUGACAAAGAAGGUUGUCCUCCAACACUAAGUGAAGUUGGAUCUCAAAUAGCGAAAUGUUGUGGGGGCUUACCCCUCACAAUUGUCCUUGUUGCUGGAAUUCUUGCUACUAUUACACAAGAUAGCUGGGAAGAAGUUGCUGAAAGUCUUAGUUCUACUGUCCUUUACGAUGAAUAUUGCAUGAAGAUACUUGAGCUGAGCUAUAGACAUUUGCCAGAGUAUUUGAAAGCAUGCCUUCUAUACUUUAGUGCAUUUCAAGAAGAUGAGGUCAUUAAUGUCCAAAGGUUGCUGUGGCUUUGGAUCUCUGAAGGAUUCGUGCAACAGACUGAAGGAAAGAGCUUAGAGGAAGUAGCUUACGACUGCUUGUUGGCUCUAAUUAAUAGAAGUUUAGUUAUGGUUACCAAAAAAAGAACUACGAAUGGUGCCAAGACCUGCCAACUUCAUGAUGUGGUACACGAGUUUUGUGUGAAAAAAGCCAAAGAAGAAAGUUUUCUGCAUAUUAUUCAUAGUUGGAAAGACCCUUUUAGUCUUACUGGACCAAGCUACCACCACCGAGUUUGUGUUCACUAUACCAGUGAAUUGAAGAUUUGGGAGUUAAUGCUAAUUUUUCCCAAUUUACACAGUUUGUUCUUGUUUGGACCCUAUCAUCAUGUACCUAAAGAGGAGAAUUUGGGGAUUUUGUUUCCUAAACUUCUUAGAGUGUUAGAUUUGGGGGAUCUGAACUUUCGUGGAUCAUUUCCAAUGGCAGUACUGUUGCUUGUUCGUUUGAGAUACCUGGCACUCAGUGGAAUAACAUCCAUCCCAUCUGCGAUAGCCAACCUCUCAAGGUUAGAAGCUCUUAUUGUAGAAAAGACGUCCACUGAUAUUGUGCUGCCGAAUACUAUUUGGAACAUUAAGACAUUGAGUUAUCUGCGUACCACUAAAGGUGCAAUUGUGGGUUUUAUUUUUCCAAUUACAAACCUUGAAGUAUCCCCAGAUUUGGAUCAUUUAGAGACUUUAAGCCUUGCAAUUGAUCCCUCCUCUCAAAGCUUGCAAAAGAUACUAACAAAGUUACCAAGCAUCCGCAGGCUAAAGUGUAAGAGAUCCUACGGAUUAGGAGAAGCUACCAGAAAUUGCGACAAGAUUCUUGUGUUUGACUGUUUGAAUCAACUGCAAUCACUUCGUUUGACUGCUUUUGAUGGAUAUGGAUUUAAAUUUCCAUUGAAUUUGAAGAAGUUGACUCUCAAAUGGAAUAGACAGCCAUGGAGUGAAAUUUCAACAAUUGGAAAGCUGCCCAAUCUUGAAGUGCUUAAAUUACUCAAGGAAUCCUUUGUUGGGGAAGAAUGGGUAAUGGAAGAAGGGGAGUUCCCUAGCCUCCGAGUAUUGGAAUUAUCGAUGUUGGACGUUCGCAACUGGAGCGCAUCUUCUGAUAAUUUUUCCCGUCUUGAGAAAUUGUGCGUGCACUCGUGUAUGUACCUGGAGGAGGUCCCUUCUUGUUUAGGGGAAUGUGAGACUCUUGAAAUGAUUGAGGUGAAAGGGUGCCGCGAGUCUGUUGCAGAUUCUGUAAAGCAAAUUCUGCAAGAACAGAUGGAUAUGGGAAAUGAGGUUCUCAAGACAGUAAUUGAAGAUUUUGGUUAUACAUUUGCUUCCCCAGAAGUAGAGUCAAUUCCCUCGGUAGCAGAGUCAAUUCCCUCGGUAGCAGAGUCAAAUUUCUCAGAAGAAGAGUCAAAUGCCUCAGAACAGGAGUCUAUUUCCUCUCAUCACGCCUGACAAUGGUGAGAGUGAACGUACAAUGGGAUUCCACUCAUCAGAUUUCCUUGGAAGGAGAGUCUAUUUCUUCUCAUUUACACUCAGUGAAGCAUUUCUGUCUCUUCUUGAUUUGGUGUGAUCAUUCCCGCUCAUCAGGUUAGAUAUAAUUGGGCGAGCACAAUCAUGCGUUGGAUUAGUUCGAUGACAAAAUAAUUCAUGUUUAUUGAAGCCAUUUCUGGGGCUUCCAGAUUGUUUGGUUUGAACUUGAUGCAGCUAUAUCACUUUGUCAUUGCAUUCUAUCAAUCCAACAGUAUAUCCAUCAUAAUCUGCUUGUAAAGUGUUCUCCAUGCUCUUUCCUGGUUUGAUGUUUAAUAGUAUUUAUGAUCCCAAUCCUUUUUUUUUUUUUUUGGUUACAGUAAUCUCUCAUCUGUAUGUCUUUACACCCUUGGAUAUUGUGGAGAAGCAAGUUAAUAUCA